AAGCGUUUUGUUUUUUGUUUUAGAACACCUGACAAAUAAACAUCGAAAUUUUAUUCAAAUUUUUUUGACUCUAUCACAUUUGAUUUCUCUAUUUUUUCAAACUUCGCUAACUGAUAAUUUCAGAUACAUAUUUCGAAUACAAGAAUAUUUCUAUUGUGCACGAAUAUCAAAAUGGGUGAAGGUGAAAUAAAAUCAGAUUUAUCUGAUCCGAUUGCAUUUCUUAAGGAUUUCAUGGCUGGUGGUGUUUCGGCAGCGAUUGCCAAGACUGCAAUGGCACCGAUUGAACGUGUCAAAUUGCUUCUGCAAGUGCAGGCUAUAUCAAAGCAAAUUGCAGCCGACAAACAAUACAAGGGAAUGAUAGAUUGCUUUAUAAGGAUUCCUCGAGAACAAGGGUUUUUAGCAUUUUGGCGAGGCAAUUUAGCUAACGUCAUUAGGUAUUUUCCUACUCAGGCUUUGAAUUUUGCGUUUAAGGAUAAAUACAAACAGAUAUUCCUAAGUGGUGUUAACAAAAAAGAGCAACCGGGACGUUACUUCGUAGGCAAUUUACUAUCUGGCGGAGCAGCAGGUGCCACAUCACUUUGCUUUGUCUACCCAUUGGAUUUUGCGCGUACUCGAUUGGCUGCUGAUGUGGGAAAAGCUGGUCAACGUGAAUUCAAUGGACUGUUUGAUUGUAUAUUAAAGGUUUUCAAAAGUGACGGUCCGGUCGGAUUAUAUCGUGGUUUCAUUGUGUCCGUGCAAGGUAUUAUUGUGUACCGUGGGGCAUAUUUUGGGUGCUAUGACACAGCCCGUGAAAUGUUGCCAGAUCCCAAAAACACACCGAUAUGGAUCAACUUUAUGAUAGCUGAAGCUGUAACUUCUAUGGCCGGUAUAAUUUCCUAUCCUUUCGACACGGUACGUCGGCGUAUGAUGAUGCAAUCUGGUUUAAAGGCAUCCGAACGCAUUUAUAAGAACACAGCACAUUGUUGGCUAGUUAUCGCCAAAACAGAGGGUCCAUUCGCUUUCUUUAAAGGUGCAUUUUCAAAUAUAUUGCGUGGCACUGGUGCUGCCAUCGUUUUGGUGUUGUAUGAUGAAAUAAAGAAAAUGCUUUAUUAAUAUAAAACUCUGCGAAAAUUAACAAACUUAGAUGUUUCUAGUAAACAAAUAUAUUAUUUUUAAUUUUAGUAGUCUGAAUUACCCAUGCAUGCAUUCGAAACGUGAUGGCUCGAACUAAAUUGUGUCGUAUUUUGGUUGUAUGGAGGUUUCAACUUUUACAGGUUAUUUUCGUGGUUGGCAAAAUUUUUUGUUACCAAAAAUUGUUACCACUAUUAAUAACUUUAAUUCUGGUGCACUGGUAGCGCCACUGAUGAGCGAAUAUUGCGUGAACCCAUAAUGGAAAGAAUAAUGAGAUGGCGCCUAUCGUGGUCCCGUUACUUUGCUCUCAGCGAAUUUGACAACGAGUUACGUGAUUUUAGCUCCAGUAUGGCUAGAUUACCAUUUUCGUAACUUGAUUUAGCAUUUUUUUGUUAUUUAGUUCUUUCUUCAUGAAUUUUUUUUAACCUGUUCUAAUUAAUUUGUAAUGUUUAUAA